AUGUCGUAUGCACAGAGUUUCUACGCCGAACAGAAGAAAAUUGAGAAGCCAGAGGAACAAGCGUCUUCUCCUCUCACGGCUGCCUUCCCAGCAACCACCCCAAUCGCCGAGGACCCUCUGACCCCAGCUCAAAUCCAGGAUGCCAUUCGUCUCUACCGUUCGGUGCUCUCCUCGACUGCGUCUGCUCCAUCAUCUCCAGUCCGUCAAGCGGCUCCAAUUGCUCCGGAGAAGCCGAUUGUACACUCGGACUACUAUGGUGGACCAUCGGAUAUUCCGCAGUCCUACCGUGUCAAGUACACCACUGCGCAGGCACCGCCGGCUUCUCUAGAUCCAGAGUUCACAGAGCAACAGUUGAUGGUUCAGCUUCAAGCUCUUCAGAUCCAGCAGCAGCAGGCCCCAGAGUCCGAGCCUGUUCAGCAAAUCCAGCAACUUCAGCAAAAGCCACCAGUCGCUCCGAAAGUGUUUCAGAACAUGUAUGGCGAUGAAGAAUCGGGUACUGCUUUGCUCGAAAUAAGGAUGUGGAGCAGGAGGAGGAUGUUCCGGAGAUUCACGUUGCUGCUCCAGUGACCACUCCGAUCCCACAGCCAACUUACUCGGCUCCUCCAGUCAGCUAUCAAGCUCCGGUUUCUAUUAACAACUACCCGAAGGGAGUCAGUGGGCCAUCAGAGUACAUUGGAAUGUCAAACGAUUGCAAGUUCAUCUACGACAAUCAAAGAUCCUUGCCAACGUCAUACGCCCAGAAGAAUGAGUACACUCUUGUCAAUGCAGCUCAAACAGCGGCUCCAGUGAUCAACUAUCGCCCGGAGGAACAAGAAGAGCACGGUGUUACCACAACCGAAGAUGUAACUCAAGUUCCUGCCUCGCCAGCCGUUGUUUCAAGAUUCAGAGGUCUCAUCAAGAAUGCUCAAACUCCAGUCCAAGCCACUGCUCCAAUUGUUGUCGAACGCAUCACUCCCGUUGCCCACAACACUUACAACAGCAACAACUACGGAGCCUUCUUGCCGGUCAACCAAAUGUCGAUGGAAUCGGAAUAUCAAUUGCCAGUUCUCAAUGAUCUCGCCUCGUGCAUCGAGCACUACUAGAA